AUGUUACCAGACCUGAGGAUGGAAUGGAACAUCACUGUCACAGCUAAUGGGAGCUUAGGGUCAGAUCAUCUGAGCAAGCAUCGCAUAUCUGUCUUCAGCGUCCUCAUUUUAACUCUACUGGCUAUGCUGGUAAUUGCCACCUUCCUAUGGAAUGUAUUAGUACUGGUGACCAUCCUGAGGGUGAGGACUUUCCACCGGGUCCCUCAUAAUCUAGUGGCUUCCAUGGCGAUAUCGGAUGUAAUGGUGGCCGCUUUGGUAAUGCCCCUUAGUUUGGUACAUGAGCUGAAUGACCGGCGGUGGAGGCUGGGAAGGGUGCUCUGUCACAUCUGGAUCUCUUUUGAUGUCCUGUGUUGCACAGCCAGCAUCUGGAAUGUGACAGCUAUAGCCCUGGACAGGUAUUGGUCCAUCACCAGACACUUGGAAUACACUCUGAAGACCAGGAAAAGGAUAUCUAAUAUUAUGAUCCUGCUGACUUGGCUGUUAUCUGCUGUCAUCUCCCUGUCUCCUCUGUUUGGAUGGGGAGAGACAUAUUCAGAGGUGAAUGAGGAGUGUAAGGUUAGCCAGGAACCCUCUUACACAAUCUUCUCCACCUUUGGAGCAUUUUACCUUCCUUUGUGUGUGGUUCUCUUUGUGUACUGGAAAAUCUACAAAGCUGCCAAAUUCAGAAUUGGGUCAAAGAAAACAAACACAAUUACACCCAUGCCAGAAGUGAUUGAGGUCAAAGAAGCAUCCAACCAGCCUCAGAUGGUCUUCACAGUCCGCCAUGCCACUGUCACUUUCCAGACAGAUGGGGACACAUGGAGAGAACAGAAGGAGAAGAGAGCAGCCCUCAUGGUGGGCAUCCUUAUUGGGGUAUUUGUUCUCUGCUGGAUUCCUUUCUUUAUCACGGAACUUAUUAACCCUCUAUGUUCCUGUGACAUUCCUCCUAUCUGGAAAAGUAUUUUCUUAUGGCUGGGCUACUCUAAUUCUUUUUUCAAUCCAUUGAUCUAUACUGCCUUUAAUAAAAAUUAUAACAAUGCAUUUAGAAACUUGUUCUCAAGACAAAGGUGA